GAACAGUUUUGUUGCCUUGACGCCUUGUACAGCAUUAUUUCCGAGUCUUCGCACACACUUCAAAGAAUAUUUUAAGUGCGAUUUUUGAAACUCAUCGUACUAUCGUACAUUCUCGUACUAAGCGAACGUGAAAUCUUGUUGAUGCAAAAUGUGAGAGAAGAUGUCCUUAUCAAAAUAUGAAUCGACACGGGGGACUACACAUUUUGCUCGAAUUGCCCGGGCGUUAUUAGGUCCCUGCAUUGAUGUACUGCGUGAAGUUCUCGCAAAAGAAAUAUCUCCGCCUGACUUGGAAAAGAAAGUUCAAACUUACAUACUUCACAACAAAAAACCUUUCAUCAACAAACAACAACAAGAUCUCGUCAAAAGAAAAAAAUACUCUGACUUUGACAUUACGUUGCUCUAUUUCCUCUUUCGUAAUAUUUGUUCAAUUCCUCCACACAAAAACAAAUGGGGGAAAGAUCCAGAUCCAACUGAUAAAAGUGUGUCAGCAAGCAUAGAACGAAUUCGUAUUUCAAGAAACGAUUGGUAUGGACAUGCUACGGAUUUUUCUCUCUCAGACUCAGAUUUUAAACAAAGAUGGAAUCAUAUUUCUCAAAUUGUAAAAGAUCUGGAAGGUUAUCUUGGGACUGCAACCAAGUACCAGGACACUCUGAUUAUGUUAAAGACUUGUUUUAUGGACCCUGAAUCGAUAGAGCUCCACAUAGAUACACUGUUGACUGAUAUUAAAAAUCUGAAAGAGGGUUUUGGAGAGUUACAGGUUGAUGUUACAUACAUAAAAGAGGGUUUUGGAGAGUUACAGACUGAUGUUACAAGUCUGAAAGGCCGCACGGCCCAGUCUGACGGUUACACGACGUUUUUAUAA